GCAAUGCCUCCGCAUUAAGGAAACAAAGGAUUCCGCUCCUUGUUUUACUGUUAUCCCUGGGACAUGUGGGAGCAGCUUGAAGUUCAAACAGACCCUCUUGGUCAUGCCAAGAGCCGGAACAUUUCAGAAUUUGCCUACACUGCUGCCUGCAGAAUUGCACAGACCCGUUUUUGACAGCAGGAGAAGACAAGUUGCUAAAUUUAUCACUUCAAUGAGCACAGGUUUGUGUUUCAUAGAGUACUAUUUUUUUCCACCUAUAAUCCCCUGCAAGGCAAAAGUUGCAGAGAGGUCGUGCUGGGGCUUGUUUGAAGUCUGUCCCCCCCUUUUCCUAACUCUGUCUCUCACAAGACAAAGGUGAGGUAUUAUGCUUGCUUUUGGAAUGUGGCCUGGAGGUGAAAGACUGAGGCAGCGGCUGUGCUAAGGACAGAGAGAGAGUUUAAGCUGUCGAAAACAAGCUUGUGGAGGUGUUCUUGUUAUAUCAUGCUGGUUUUGGUAGCCAUACUGCAGGUAUCAUUUAUAAAGACAAAAUCACAUCUCUUAACCAACACCUGAUUUGGAAAGAAGUUAUACGGAGUUGCCGGUUUCCCAGUUGGGACUCCAGGAGGAGGUGCAGACUCCCACACAGACAGGAGUGGUAGAGAUGAGAGGCGAGGCUGAGUUGGGAUUCAUAAAGAACAACGUGGGAGAGGAGGACAAAAAGCAAGAGGUGGAUCAGGAGGAAUGUCAAGAAAGCCCGAGGCAGAGGAGGAGUGCAGCUGGAAAGCUCAACAGGUGGCUUUACCUGAGCAGUGCAGGCGUGCAAGGGAGUGGGGGGUGGAGUAAAGGGGAAGUACCAGGAAUGAGGAUAGACCAGUUACCUCCUUUCCUCAAAGAUAGCUGCGUGCAACAACUGUCUGCGGGAGACUUUGACUUGGCUGGGGAAGAGAAAACAAAUUGGACCGAAGGACUCCGGGCUGGUGUAGAGGUUUGCCACAUUCACAAAGAAAUAAGCUGUAAUGCUAACUCUGUGGAGAAUACAACAAAACCUCAUGUGGUGGUCUUGCGAAGGCCCUCACAUGGGCUUCGGCUCCUGGGCAGACGGAGGGCAAUGAGCAUGUUUGUCUUCCCAGAUGAUCACAGGACACAGCAAACCGCAACGACCAACCACCAAGAGAGGUCUGGGAGACCCCGCAGUGUUUGCAUGUUGGCAGCUACCAACUCUAGCAGCCUCCUUCUGCCUGCCUCUAAUAUCCAAGUUUGCCCGGUACAAAGGUGUAGGACGAGCCGUGCCGAGCUUCAUGCUAUAGAUGGUCUUAAACACAGCAUGCCGCCUUCUUGCAGCCUCCUUAUUCAUCCACAAGAAGAGCCAUCAAUACAUCGGAUGUUAAAAAGCAGGGGCAGACCACGGCCUGUUAGCAUGACUGUUCUUGAGCUUAAAGCACACAGUGGCUCCAGGGAUGAGUUUGCGAGCCAUACUGACACUGGCACUGGUAGCUUGCCUCGUUCAGGUUUCCGUUGGAGGUGGUUUAGUCGACAGACAGAGGAAAAGGAAGUGGUGGCCACACAAAUGUCAGGGAAGCAAAAGGAACCUAUUGUCCCCAAGGCAGAAGAACCAAAGAGAACAUUUGGCUCACUGCGAAGGAGCUUGAGUCUUAGGAUCAGGCGAAAUCGUAAUCAUCCAGAACAGGAGGACAAAGCUGAACGGAGACGCACCGCAAGCAUUGGAGAAAAAUCCAUGCAAACCGCUCGCCCAUUUUCCUACCUAACUGGCAGAACGUUAACCCCAACUUGUGAGCAAGAUGAGGAACAAGGGGCCACACAGUACAUAGAGUACCAAACUCAAGGCAAGGUAGCAGUCUUGGAAGUCCCUCUCCGUCCUGUCAAACUUACCAACCCCAUCAAACAAACUCAGACAGAGACUAGUUUUUGGCAGCUAAUUGCUAGUCAUUUUAAGAGGAAGGACCAGUCGUCCAGCAACAAAUCUGAGCUUUGCACUGAGAGCCAAGCGGUUGGCAGCCAUCCCCCUGUGAGAAAUAAAAAGCCGGAUUCUGUUGCUAUAGAGAUUCUAAGUGGCAUUGGCUUCAGGAAAGGUCAAGACUCCUUCGUCAACAGUCAGGAAUGGACAUUGAGUCGAUCGGUACCAGAGCUCAAAGUGGGCAUUGUGGGAAACCUGUCCAGUGGGAAGUCAGCAUUAGUUCACCGGUAUCUGACAGGAACAUAUGUCCAAGAGGAGUCGCCUGAGGGAGGGCGGUUUAAAAAGGAGAUUGUGGUGGACGGACAGAGUUAUCUCUUGCUGAUCAGAGAUGAAGGCGGCCCGCCAGAAUUGCAGUUUGCUGCCUGGGUGGACGCCGUGGUGUUCGUCUUCAGCUUGGAGGAUGAGAUCAGCUUCCAGACGGUUUAUAACUACUUCCUGCGUCUCUCCAGCUACAGGAACACAGCAGAAGUACCAAUGGUGCUCGUGGGGACACAGGAUGCCAUCAGUGCUGCCAACCCCAGAGUGAUAGAUGACGCUCGAGCUCGCAAACUGUCCAAUGACCUGAAACGCUCAACGUAUUACGAGACUUGCUCCACCUAUGGCCUUAACGUGGAGAGAGUCUUUCAAGAUGUUGCUCAGAAAGUGGUGGCGCUGAGGAAAAAACAGCAGCUUUCGAUUGGCCCAUGUAAAUCUCUUCCCAACUCUCCCAGCCACUCAUCUGUCCCGGCCGCAUCCAUUCCCUCUGUUCACCUUAAUCAGGCUGCUAAUGGAGGAGGUGCUUUCAGCGACUACUCCUCCUCCGUUCCCUCCACCCCCAGCAUAAGCCAGAGAGAGAUGCGCAUCGAGACAGUGGCUGCCUCCAACACUCCCACGCCCAUCCGCAAACAGUCCAAACGGCGCUCCAACAUCUUCACAUCACGGAAAGCCAGUGAGCAGGCAAAGAGCAUUGAGAGUAAAACUGACAGUAUAGGCAGUGGAAGGGCCAUACCCAUCAAACAGGGAAUUUUGUUAAAAAGGAGUGGAAAGUCUCUAAAUAAGGAGUGGAAGAAGAAAUAUGUCACACUUUGUGACAACGGCUUGCUCACAUACCACCCCAGUUUACAUGACUACAUGCAGAACAUCCAUGGUAAAGAGAUCGAUCUGUUGCGGACAACGGUGAAGGUGCCUGGGAAGAGGCCGCCCAGAGCAGUGGCGACGGUCGCCCCAACAGUCAGCCCGAAAACCAACGGACUGACCAAGGACCGCAGUACCUUGCAACUUGGAAUUGGGGCCACAAGCACUCCUCACUCUAACAGCAGCAGUUCCCUACAGUCCGGGGGCUCGGUGACCGGCGUGGCUUUAGGGAACAGUAAAGAGGGAAUGCACCAGCGCUCGUUCUCCGUGUCCAGUGCAGAACAGUGGAGUGAAGCAGUUAUCAGUACCACAUCAGCAAAUGGGAUGGCAGAUCCUCUCAGCUCCACCCCUGGAACGGGCAGCGCCACCAGUCCCAAACUUGAGCCUCCGCCGUCACCCCACGCCAACCGCAAGAAGCACAGGCGGAAAAAGAGCACAGGCAUCACCAAACCAGACAACCUUUCUGCAGGGAAUGAAGAGCAAGAGGAGUCCUAUGAGUUCAUCAUAGUGUCCCUAACGAGUCAAAUGUGGCACUUUGAGGCAUCUACGUUUGAGGAGAGAGAACUUUGGGUGCAGGCCAUAGAGAGCCAGAUAUUCGCCAGUCUACAGUCCUGUGAGAGCAGCAAGAAUAAGUCUCGAUUAGGAAGUCAGAGUGAUGCAGUGACCAUCCAGUCCAUUAGGAAUGUGAGGGGAAACAGCUUCUGUGCUGACUGUGAUGCCCCCAAUCCAGACUGGGCCAGUCUGAAUCUUGGUGCUCUGAUCUGUAUUGAGUGUUCCGGGAUGCACAGGAACCUCGGAACUCACCUGUCCCGUGUACGAUCUCUAGAUCUGGACGACUGGCCGGUAGAGCUCAGCAUGGUGAUGACGGCCAUCGGGAAUGCCAUGGCCAACAGCGUGUGGGAGGGCUGCGUGGAAGGAUACACCAAACCCAGUGUAGACAGCACCAGGGAAGAGAAGGAACGCUGGAUCCGGGCGAAGUAUGAGCAGAAGUUGUUCCUGGUGGUGCUUCCGCAGUCUGAUGUGCCACUGGGACAGCAGCUUCUGAGAGCAGUAGUGGAGGAUGACCUGAGGCUGGUGGUUCUCCUGCUCGCUCACGGCACUAAGGAAGAGGUCAACGAGACGUAUGGAGACGGAGAUGGACGUACCGCCUUGCAUCUGUCCUGCGCGAUGGCGAAUGUUGUUAUUACACAACUGCUCAUCUGGUAUGGUGUGGACGUAAAGAGCUGUGACGCCCGUGGUCAGACCCCCCUUUCAUACGCCCAGUGCGCAAGAAGUCAGGAGUGCGCUGACGUCCUCAUCCAACACGGCUGCCCUGGCGAAGGCGGCAGUCUGUCAACACCCACGGCCAUCCGACACAACAUCAACAACAAUGCUCAAUGCGAGCUGAACCGUAGUGUUAGCAUCAUGUAAUUGUGUGCAGGAAAUACUUGUGCACUCCACACUAUAAGCGUGCAGUAUCCCAAUGCCUCUGUCUUUUGUGUCCCUGCACUAAAUGUUCAUGUGUCAGUGGAUGCCAGUGAUCUUGAUGUUCCCGUAGAGUCUGUUCUCGUUAAAUGAAAUCACUUUCCUCAGCAGUAUGUUGCAGAUCCAAUAUUGUCAUUAUUAGGAAUACUGUGCUUAGUGUCAUGUGCGUCAUGUAAACCCAUUACUCCAUGACAACUUCCUGUUGUGAGCGUAGAAGAAGAGACAGCAGUAUUAACAUUUGGUGAGGUUUUUGUUUUUUUAAGCUACAGAAAUGGAGAGUUACGUCUUUUUUAAGGAUCUUAUGUUGUAUGUACUGUAUAGAACAACAUAUGGACAGGUUCUAAGCAAAACAAGUUUAUAAUAACCGUAGUUUGCACACGUGUUUCAUGAUCCAUCAAAGCAUAUUAAACCUAUUUAUGUUAAAUGGGUUAUUCUCACAAAGCCUGUCAAGAACUUUUCCAGGUCAUAUUUCACCCCGAUAUCAAAAUAAAUUAAUAUGAAUAUUAUAAAUGUGUAAAGCAAAUUAAAUAAAAAACAAAUUGCCAUUAUUAUAAUUUUUUUUAAUUUUCAUAAAAAUUAAGCACAUUUUCCCUUAAAUUCUCAUUAUUUUGAAUGCGAACAAAAUAAUGAUAUAUUUAUGACAUAAUUUAAAUUAAGUAUUUAGACAUAAUCAUAGUAUUUGUUGUACUGCCUUUAAUUUAUGCAGAUUUAAUUAAAAAAUUAUUGCGUUAUUGUAAUUUUUCACUGUAAUAGAGGAAAGAUUACUUUAUUACCAUAAUAAAAAUCUGUUGAGAAUAUCAAUUGGGAAUAAUUAAUGAGAAUAGCACAUAAAAUUAGUGUCAUUUCGCAUUACAGUAAUGAGAAUUUGAGGAGAAAAUAUGAGCUUAUUUGUCAUGAAAAUUAUGUUAAUGGAAAACAUAUUUA